AUGACGAGUCUCGUUCCACGCAAGCCGUACACGGACGAGGAGCUUGGCCGGCUGUACCCGGCAGGGCUACAGCUACAGCUGGUGCAGGUUCUGAUGCGGCACGGAGAGCGGACGCCAGUGUCACCGCGGUUCGAGAACACGGGCCUGCAGCCGUUCUGGCCGUACUGCUCGGCCUUUCGACGCUUCCAGUCGGCCGUGCUGACGGACGACCAGGAUCCGGGCGUGGUCGGCGGAGGGGCGGCAACGCAGCCGCUGGGCUCGCUGGCCUGGCGACGGCGGCUAGAGACGUUUGGUAGCGACGACGCGGCCGUGCCGGCAACGGGAGGCCGUGAAGGCCGUGGAAACCACAAAGACCGACAGCUGGACGCGCUCUGCGACAUGGGCAUGCUGACAGACCCGGGCCGGGCAUCGACGCUGCGGCUGGGUCACCGGCUGCGUCGCCUGUACGUGGAACAGCUAGGCUUCCUACCGCCAGCCAUCGGCCCCGGCGACGCCGACCGGCUCUUCUAUCUUCGCUCGACCCCGAUUCCACGCGCACUCGAAUCGCUGCAGCAGGCCUUUUCCGGCCUCUACCCCGAAACGACGAGACCACAGGCCGGCCGGGACGUCAAACCCAUCACGAUCAUCGCGCGCGAGCCCGCCGACGAGACGCUCUUCCCCAACGACGGCAACUGCCGGCGCUUCGCCGAGCUCUCGCGCGCGUUCGCCCAGCGAGCCGCCGAUCGAUGGAACGACUCGGCCGAGCUCGCCCUCGUCACCCGCAAGAUCGGCCGCUGGCUACCGCCCUCGAAUCCCCGCGUCGCCGUCGACGGACGACCGCGCCUCUCCGGUAUCAUGGACACCGUCAACGCCACGCUCGCCCACGGUCCCGACACCCGUCUGCCACCCGAGUUCUAUGACGAUCAGGUCCGCCACAACAUCACCGCCGUCGCCCUGCAGGAGUGGUUUGACGGCUUCCACGAGUCGCUCGAGUACCGCACCCUCGGCAUCGGCGGCCUCAUGGGUGACCUCGUCGCUCGCAUGGUUCGCCACGCUGAGAUCAAAAAUGUCGCUGCCUCGGCUUCUGCUCCCGACAACAUGUUCCGCUUUGGCCUCAGCGGCUGCCAUGACACCACCCUCGCUGCCAUUCUUGCCAGCCUUGGCCAUCGCAUGGACGCUUGGCCGCCCUUCACCAGCCACCUGGCCCUCGAGAUGUUUCAUGGCCCUUCUUCCUCUUCCUCACCGCCUCCCAAGCCUUCUGCCGGCUGGUCUGCCCUCGUGCCCUCGGCCUUGUCCGGACGCCAGACGGCUGCCCCCAUCGGCCGCAAGCCGUCCCCCGAGCUGUCAGAUGCCCAGAAGCAGAAGCUCGACGGCUACUACGUGCGUAUCCGCUACAACGACGAGCCUGUCACCAUCCCUGGAUGUCGCCUGCCGGGGAACCAUCUUGAGGGUGACGAGUCAUUUUGCACUUUGAAAGCCUUCAAGGCUAUUGUCGACAAGUACACACCGCGCAACUGGAAGCAGCAGUGCCACAGCAACCUGAGAACACAGGCUCUGCCCGACAAGCCCGAGCCUUCGGGCUUCUGA